AUGAACCAUCCAGAAAGCACAGAGACCCGUAAGCGCAAGAUGGCUCAACAAGACACCAUCAAAGAAGUGCCCGUAGGCAAGCAUUCACGACUGUCCAGAGCUUGGUCCUGGCUGGGAUUUCAAAAAGGAUACAAUGUUCCAUUGUUCGUGAUAUUUGCCGGGGCCAUGCUGGGGUUCAGUCUCGCUCGAUUGCAAUACCUCGACAUAUCUGGGACGUUCGCCAAACAAUCAGCUCCCGGAGAAUGGUACUGGUACCAAUCAGGCCAUUAUCGCGUCGGCAUCACCCUGCAUCUCGGUGCUGUAGUGCCGGCAGGCGUGCUGAUGGUCUUCCAAUUCGUCCCUGCCAUCCGACACCAGGCCAUGCUCUUCCACCGGAUCAAUGGCCAUGUGAUCAUAGUCCUGAUCUUGGUUGGUCAUGCGGGUGCUCUGAUGAUUGUCCGCCGUUCGUUCGGCGGAGAACUCGCCACGCAAGCUGGAGUCGGCGUCUUGGUGAUCUCGACCACGAUCGGCCUUGGUAUGGCCUACUAUAACAUUAAGAAACUCCAAGUCGAUCAGCAUCGAGCAUGGAUGUUGCGAACAAUGUUUUAUCUGGGAACCAUCAUCACCAUGAGACUUAUCAUGGUCGUUGCAGCAGCAAUCACCUCAACAAUCGGCUCAUACGACGUGCUCAUGGCCUGUGGCGAGCUGGGGUCAAUGAAAGGAAGGCAUGAGCUUGUGACCAAUUAUCCGGAGUGUAUCUCAGGUUCGAUCAUAGCAGCAGAGAAGAUCAUGGUGGUGCACGCGAGCUUUUCCGGAUCGAAAGAGAACGUUGGCGCAAGCUUGCGUCUUAAUUUUGGAAUGGCGAUGUGGCUGGCGAUUUUCUUGCAUGCCGUGGGUAUUGAGAUAUACCUCAAACUUACGCCUCGUGAAGGGCAGAGACUCCGAAUGGUCUCGUAUGAGAAACAGCUAGAGGCCGGAAUGAGUAACCCAGGCUCUGCUGGGUUGGUGGUCGAGAAAUUUGGUGACGCGGAUGAUUGGAAGCCAGGCUAG